UCCGUCGUUUGUUUUGAUUGUAUUUACCCAGAAUGCCCUGCGCUGUAGUCACUUCCUUUUUUCGGAGCGCUCCGUUUUCUGCUUGCAUCCACAUAUGCAUUCAAACUGCGCCAUUCUCCACUUCAACCCAACAGAGAUCAAGGCUCGGCAUCAUGGCAGAGGGGGAGGAGGCGAUGAGCCAGGAAGACUGGAAGGAGAGGUGUACGGUUCUGGAGGCGCUGCUCGUGAAGUUCAGGGUCCAGAUCGUCAAGAUCCGGGAGCUCACCGCAGACAAGAUCCAGCAGCUGGAGACGCAGGUGAUCGAUGCAGAGAAGCGAGCGUUUGCUGCAAACCAGCAGGUGAAGUGGAUGGAGGAGAAGCUGAGGGCGGCAGACGGCCAUCUUGGAGACUCUGAGAUGCGUUUGUUUCAGCAGUGCCAGGAGCUGCAAGCCUCGGUGCAGGAGAAGGAGAAAGUGAUCGCCCAGCUGGAGCAGCAGCUGGAGGAGCAGAAACAGACUCGACUCCAGGAUGCCAAGUCAGUGGAGGAGAAAGCAGCUAAGAUCAAGGAGUGGGUGAUGCUCAGGCUGUCAGAGUUUGAGGUGGAAAACGCAGCAUUAAGAGAAACCAACAAGAAGCAGGAAGCUCAGAUCUUGGAGCUGCAGAAACAAGUGCAGGCCUUUGAGCAGAGGUGCAAACCCGGGGAGGCGCAGCGCCUCAGCAGCCUCACAUUUGGAUGCUUCCAGGUUAGGGGUAAAAACCCCCAGGUCCUAACCGGGCCGGCGCCAUGUCAGCGGACCCUCAGCACACAGGAAGAGAUGGAUACAACGCAGACAAGCAGAGACGUCCAUGAACAGAACCAAAGUGGGCUUGGGAUUUCUCCGCAGGAUGACAGCAGCUCACCAAAGAAAAGUCCUGAAAAUGCUUCAGAGGGGGAGGAAAUGUGUGAGGGCAAAGGUCAUGUCUCCGGGUUCAGCCGGCCCUGCAGUGAGAACUACCUGACAGCUUCGGACGACAGCAGCUCUCUGUUUGACGAUGAUAUGCAGCGCGCCGAGCGACCCGUUUUCGGCCUGGUCCAGCUGUCAGACGCGGCGCCGGCAGACGGUUUGAGCGGGGCGGACGCUAAGCUGGAGGACUGCGCCUCCGAGGAGCUCAACCAGCGAUUUCAGUCUCAGAGACUCGACUCCUCGUCGUCUUCCAGCGAGCCGACCACGCCCAGUCCCAUCCUCACGCCGGCCCUGACGCCGAAGCGACCCAACGCCCCUCGGGACCCAACAGACAACCCGGCUUCCCCCAAACAGCCGCGUCUGAGGACGCCCGCGCCUCUGGUGAAGAAACACCUGAGCCAGCCGCCCGUCGGCAGCGAGGCGGCGCACGGACAAACACGCAACGCGCUCAGCAUGCUCCGCCCCCUCCGGCCGCAGGAAACAGACCUGGACCUGGAGGACAGCAUGGAGACGGGAAGGGAGACGCCUCCGAGCUCACCGACAUCCAACCAAACGUCAUCCGAGUUCGGUUCUGAGAGGCCGGACUGUGACGCCUCAGGGCCGUGCAAACCCCCGACUCCUCCACUGCACAGACUCCCGUCCUGGGAGAGUCGUAUCUAUGCUGUUGCCAAGUCUGGGAUCAGACUGUCUGACACGUCGUGUUCGGGUCAUCCCAGCAGAGAUCCCUCUCUGCAGGCAUCCUACCCCGCCUUCGUGAUGUACACGUCGCUCGUCUAUAAAAACAUGACGGCUCCAGUCUACACCACGCUGAAGGGGAAAGCCACCCUGCUGAGCAGCAGCCCGUUCUCCGACGACUCGUCCAGCUCAGACGAUUCCUCCAGUUCAGGAGAGGAGGACGGAUCCGUCUGCAGCUCCCACAAUUCCUCUGGGUCCAGGAAGGACGGCAGCCCAGGAAGCCCACGCUGCCUCAAGAGAGCCGUGUCCGUGGCGUCUAUGACGUCAGAGAGUGACUAUGCCAUCCCUCCCGAUGCCUAUUCCACGGACACGGAGUUCUCCGAACCCGAACAGAAACUCCCCAAGACCUGCAGCUCAGCCAGCAACAACGGCAAGAGUGAGCCAAUGGAGAAGUCAGGCUAUCUGCUGAAAAUGGUUAAAACGUGGAAGAAAACCUGGAAGAGACGCUGGUUCGUCCUCAAAGAUGGAGAGCUGCUCUACUACAAGUCACCAAGCGACGUGAUCAGGAAGCCUCAGGGCCAGAUCGAAGUGAACGCGAGCAGCAGCAUCACCCGUGGAGACGGCAAGCAAGUCCUUCAGAUUAUGACGGGGAAGCAUGUGUAUUAUCUGAAAGCGGACUCUCCUAACCUGCUGGAGGAGUGGCUGCGUGUCCUGCAGAGCGUCCUGAGGCUGAAAGCUGCCAGUCCUCUGUUCACUCAGCCAGACAUCCGUCCCAUCAUGAAGGGACUUCUCAUCAAGGUAAAGCACGGCUACUCGAAGCGGGUCUGGUGCGCUCUGAUCGGCAAGACGUUGUACUACUUCCGCAGCCAAGAGGACAAGUUCCCUCUGGGUCAGAUUAAGUUGUGGGAGGCCCGGGUUGAGGAGGUGGACAGGUCAAAGGAGUCAGAUGAUGAGCUGAAAGCGUGUGGGCGGAGCUUAGAGGCGGCUCCCUUUACCAUCGCCGUCCACCCUCAGGAGCAGAGCCCAACAUACUUGCUAAUCGAGUCGCGCCAUGAAAAGGAUUCAUGGCUGUACCAUCUGUCUGUGGCAGCAGGUACUACUGUGGGAAAAGUAGGCACCGAGUUCGAACAACUGGUGGGAAAACUCUUCCAACUGGACGGAGACGCCAGCUCCUCAGAUUCCCAGAUCUGGAGAAAUCCCACGCUGUGUUUCAGGAAGGAGGCUCUCUCUUCUCCUCUCACCACUCUGCCGUCACAAGCCCUGCAGACAGAAGCCGUCAAACUCUUCAAGACCUGUCAGCUUUUCAUCAACGUUGCCAUCGACGCUCCAGCCAUCGACUACCACGUCUCUCUGGCUCAGAGCGCUCUGCAGGUCUGCCUGGCCCAUCCGGAGCUUCAGAACGAGUUCUUCUGCCAGCUCAUGAAGCAAACUCGCAUGAAGCAGCCGCAAAGCCACGCAGGACCUCUGCAGGGUUGGCAGUUUCUGGCUCUCUGUGUCGGACUGUUUCUGCCGCGGCAUCCUUUCCUCUGGCUGCUCCAGGUUCACCUGAAGAGACACGGAGACUCCAGGACGGAGGUGGGAAAGUAUGCCAUCUACUGCCAGCGCUCUCUGGAGCGGACCCAGCAGAAGGGCGAGCGCCAGGCCCGGCCGUCCCGAAUGGAGAUCCUGUCCAUCCUGCUGAGGAAUCCGUAUCACCACUCUCUGCCUUUCAGCGUCCCCGUCCACUUCCUCAACAACACCUACCAGGUGGUGAGCUUUGAUGCGUCCACAACUGUGGACGAGUUCCAGAGUCGCCUCAAUCAGGACACGGGGAUGAGGAAAACCGGACUUUCCGGCUUCAGCCUGUACACAGACGACCCCACCGGACGAGAACUGGAGCACUGCCUGUCAGGAGGCAUCAAGAUUUGUGACGUUCUGUCCAAAUGGGAGCAGGCGUCUAAAGAGCAGCACUCUGGGAAGUCUGAAAACACCAGAACCGUCCGCCUUACCUACAAGAACCGGCUGUACUUCUGUCACCAGAUGAGAGGCGAGUCGGAGAGGGAGCGGCUGCUGCUGGCUUACCAGACUAAUGAAGCCAUCGUCGCCGGACACUUUCCCGUCAACAAGGAACUGGCUCUGGAAAUGGCAGCGCUGCUCGCCCAGGUUGAGUUUGGAGAUUUUGAACGGUCCUUGUUUGCUGGAUCGGCUCAAAGUAAAUCCAGUCAGACCUUAAAACAAGUGUUGGACCGAUUCUACCCUAAACAUUACCGCAGAACCUCAUCAGAGGAGCAGCAGAGACAACUGGCGCAGCGUCUGUCCGCCCGCUGGGCCUCCCUCAAGGGGCGCGGUUCAUCCGAGUGUGUCCGGAUCUACCUGACUGUCGCCAGGAAAUGGCCGUUUUUUGGUGCCAAGCUGUUCCAGGCGGAGACUACCACUCCCUCCCCUGAGUCGGGUCAGAGUGUUUGGCUGGCGGUGCAUGAAGACGGGAUCAGCGUUCUGGAGCACAACUCGAUCAAACUGCUGGUGACCCAUCCCUACAAGAACCUGAUGACGUUUGGAGGCUGCAAGGAGGACUUCAUGCUGGUGGUGGGCCAAAACAUCGGCAAGGACAAACCUACCGAGAAGCAUCUGUUUGCGAUGGACGCCUCCAAAAUCAGGGAAAUCACCCUCCUCAUCUCCAGUUACAUCAACAGCGCUCAUCAGCAGAAGGCCGCCGCCCACCACCUGUCCGCCCCGGCUCUGAUGGUGGCCCAGCCCGUCAGCCUCAAGAGCAAAGAGCUGAGGAGCAAAUCCCCGCCGGCGCUUGGACGCCCGAGCAAGGCCCCCACGCUGCUCUGACGCACGCCGAGCUUCAGCUAGAAAAACAAGCUCCGACUCCGUUAUUUCUGCAGACAGAAUGUCUCUUCAGUUCAUGCUGAAAAAGUGAUCUGUUUGGUAUAUUUAGUAUUAAAAAGUGGAAACCAGACCUCUAUUGGCUAGCAGAGGUUUUAGCAUCUAUUCUAAGUACUUGUUUGCUUGUGAUGAGGAAGGUAAUGCUAUUUAUUAUUAACAUUGUUCCUAAAUCGCUCAUAAGUCUCUGUGAGUUUGGUUUAUUUUCUUCCGUGAAAUUUUAUUUAAAGUCUGUUUUUGCUGUUUUAUUAUUAUUAUUUGUUUAGAAUCCAACUAAGCAAAAAGAUGCAACAAUUGCAGCUAGAGUUAAAUCUAAGCAUUAAAGAAACUCAUAUCUACUAAUCAAUAAAUAUUUUUAUCAUAUUUUUUAUCCAGAGAGCUGUUCUCACAUGCUUUUUAGAAGUAAACAUGAGAAAAUACUUACGUUAAUACACCAACACUUUGCAAGAAUUAAAAAAAUCCCGGUGCUCAUGACGGCAACUUUUGAGUAUUACCGUUGCUAAAAGGUAUUGUUUUUACAACCGAGAGCAAUUGAUUAUCGGUAAUUAGAGUUGAAAAUUAGGUUUUACGGAUGGACCAAAGAGCAGAAGGAGGAAGUUCAAACCACCCAACAGCUCAACUUCAGAACCACUAAAACAGUUCUUAGUGCAGCAUAUUACUGUUAAAAUCUUUCAAGUGUGCAUGCAAGCUUAAACAUGUGGGUGCUAAUGCUUAAUUGUAUAUUUUUCAUAUUUCUCUUCACCCACUUCAAUUUGGCCAAUUUUCAAGAUGGCCACCAUUUUUUAGCCUUACAAACCAAUUAUUAUUGUCAUAAAAUGGUACCGAUUUUCAUUACUUGAAUGAACUUUAUGUGACAUAAUUUGUUUUUGACAGUGUGUGACAGAAUUCCUUCAUUCAUUUAAUUAAGUUGAAGAUUGUUCUGUUUUACUGUAGAAAUUAUUCAUCAAGCUGUAAGCGUGGCAGUAGUCAUGUAGUUGCAACAGUUCGCCAUUAGAGGGCGUAUCGAAUACUGAACGCUCCAACGGAAAUUCAGCGCUCUAACGGCUGGUGAUUAGCGGGGAGUUGCUCAUAUCUAUCUGCUAACAGGAACAGGUACAUAUAAAUUAUUAAUUCAAUUAUAGUAAUAUAUAAGUAUUGUACAAGUCGCUGAGUGUGUAAUGUUUACAUGUUAUUUGUUUCAGUAAACUAGCUAGCAGCUUAUGAUUGAACCUUCACAGUUGAUGUUGGGAUGUACAGAAUAGUGCAGCUAUAAUUAGUGUACAUGAAGAAGUGAACUAAGGUAGAAUAAUUUAUUUGAACAAUACUUAUUAAUAGUUUGUUUUUUUAAGCCAGGUUGUAAAUAUUUAUUUACACGAAGCAGCCCAACAGGAAUUCAGCGAUGUAACGGCUGUUAACAGUUGUUAAAGAAAGCCUAAAAACCAUACCGAUGUAUUAUAAAGUGUGCAACAUAUGAUAAUGCUCUUCAUACAAAUGUAAAGUAAUAAUAUGUAGCUAAAUCAGAUACCAAUACUGAAAGGACCUUAUUGUUUGUGAGUCUCACACCACUGGUAGGAGAUAAAAAUGUGUGAAAUGGACUCAGAAGCAGUUGUCUUAAUGGUUAGCGUUAGCUUUUGCAAUCUUUAAUGUCUUUAGCGAUUUGUAGUUAGCUCAUGCAAUUUAAAUUUUUUUUAGUGAUGUAGCAUUAGCUUAAUUUUUUUUUUUUACAUGUGUAGCAGUUUAGCAUUAGGAUAGCUAAAAUUGAGCGGUUUUGCUUUAGCUUCUGCUAAUUUUUUAUGCGUUUAGUUGUUUAGCAUUCUUGUUUAGUGAAUUAGCCAUUAGUGGAGAUAACUUUUUGGUUAUCAGUGCUCACUUCUGGUAAUAACUAUUGCCAAUUUUAUGGAAGACAUAUUAUUUGCAUUACAACAUAGGCAGCCAUUUUGAAAAAUGUCAACCAGAAAAAUGUGUUUUCUUUGGUUAAAAAUAUGACACCAAAUAUACUAAUCUAAUUAGUAAUUUUAGUGCAAAAAAUUUGUUUUACUAAGGGCUAAGCACUAAGGGUUUUCAUUUGAGCUAUAGGGUGCAGUCCCUCAACAAGAAGUGAAACCAAAUGAAAGCAGGAAAUAAAAUGCAGACAGCAGGAUGCGGUUGUUUUCUAAAGUGUAGAGUAGGUUUUGUUUUGUGCUCCUAGUUACUGAACAGCCAGGAAAGCGGUAAACUUUAAU